CCCUUCCUCCGCUGCAGCUUCCUCCGGCUGAUGGUCCGUCCCUGUUCUCACUCUCAACACCCUGAGCAGGAUGCUGUGUGUUCUUUGGGUCUGUUCAACAGCAAUGAAAUGGCCGUGCAAAAGUUUUUGCCAAAGAGCCACUUAUCCACGGUCAUCAUCCGGGACAACACCAGCGUGCAGCGGGUCCAGGAGAUUGAGGUGAGGCACUUGGAGGAGACUCAGAAGAAGACCGGCCACUUCUACGAGCACCUGAAGAAGAAGUUCACGGGCGACCAGCAGAGGAAGAUGUCCCGGUGGAAGAAGGAGUACGACAAAUUUGGGAAAAUCCUGGAUGUGAUCGGGCAGAAAACCAGGAACCUGGCAGCCACUUCGGCCAGCCUGACUAUGAGGCAGUCCCAGGAAGGCGGCCGGGGAGCAGCCCCCAAGACAGCAGCAGCCAUGCUGAGGGGGCAGUGACGGAGCGCGGAGUCCGCCCGCGCCCCGCUGCGCAGGCUCCUUAGGCCCUCCAGGGCUCCUGUCCGAGGCCUCUGGCGCUCUGCCCUUUCCGCCCAGAGGACGCGGGGAGCUCAAGGCUCGCGGUGGGCU